AAUAUACGCACACCGCAAGAUGUUCGCACUCCCUCCAGCGACUCCCUCGCAACCGGUCUCUCAGAAGCUUAUAAAAGAUUGUAAUUAGAGGUUACCGUGCGUCUUAUAUUCAAUGCCAAUGCACAAACACAGUCAGACUGCACAUUUUCACAAUGCGAUUCUCGUUCGAUUUCGGGUAGUAUAGUGUCGAUAUUUGAUCAUUUAGUUAUAUUGUUUUACGUGACUUCAACAACAAUAAUACGAUAUAUAGCUUAAGUAUUAAAAAGAAGUUGCAAUAUUUCGAAGAUGCGCCGCACACGAGUCAGUCGAAUUGAUCAACAGUUGUGGAUUUAUUUUUAAAUUUCAACAAUGAAAACGGAUAACAAAGUGGUGCUGAUUUUUCUUUCAUUCCUAGCUGUUGCUCGUUGCACGGACCUGGAACCAUUGACGAGCAGUGACGAAGAAAACCGACUAGAGCCGACCGCGGGUGUCGGUAACAGUGACCCGCACCCGGAAACGGGCGCGGCCGAGUCGACCACGGCAGCGGCGGCCGUGGUCGACGGCCACCGGUCAGCCAGGCAGUUUUACCGACCGUCGGCGGCGUUCGCGUACCAGCCGUACCCGCAGCGCAGAGCGUACAACAAAAGUCCGGGCCAGUCGAAGAAGAGGCCCAGUAAGUUCAGGACGAAACCCGGUGGCGGGAGACGGGGGCUGAGGCCACGGCGCCGGCCGUCCGGGCCGCCGUUCAUGUCCGGGCCACCGUCCAUGCCCUCAGCGACCGGUUCACGGUACAGACGGUUACCCGCACCGGCACAGGUGUUACGCCCACAGCACGUCAACUACAUCGACACGGCGGGCGGCGGGGCGGACUACGACGACGGUUUCGAGUCGGCGCCGCUACCCAUGUCGUCGUUCGACUACGGCGAUAUGCGUGAAUUUGACAACGAAUCUGGCAAUUACGUUUACGGGCCGCCGCUACAGGCCGCCGCCGCCGGUGGCAGAUCGCGCAAACGUCCGGUCGCCGCCGUCGGUUACGCGGACGAAACACGUCCGACGGCGAUCGUACAUGUCCCGGUGCGCGUCGUCCGGCCCGUCGUACCGACGCCGCCGACCGCCGUAGACGUAGGAACGACAGCCGAUCCGAUGGAAAAGCUCAAGCAGUUGGUGCACGAGGCAAUGGACGAGCACUUCGCCAGUCGGCACCAGGAACUGUACGGCGACGGUUUCGGCAAACAGCAGCAACAGCAGCAGAACAUGCAUCAAAUGCAGCAGGUGUACAGCGCCAAGUACAAGCGGCAACCGUCCGCGGCCGCCGACAGGGAGAAAUCGGUGCACCAUAAUCACCAGCAACAGCGGUCAGCCGACGCCGUCGGGCCGGCCUCAGCGUCCGUGACGCCGACACAGCCGCCGUCCGACAAAACGACGAAGGACGUGGACGUGGACGCCGAUGGUUCGGACGACCGUCUGACGUUGGCCGAGAUAUCAGCGUACAUGGGCGCCAAACCCGCCGAGACAGUACUGAGCGCCGGCGGUCACCGGUACGUGCUAUCCGACGCACUGCAGCAGAGCUACCGGCACCAGCAGCAACAGCACCGACAGCUUGAACACCACCACCAGCAGCAGCAGUACGGCGGCGAAGACCAUCAGCCGCAAUACUUGCGUUACGUGUCGCCGUUCGAGGCGCUUUACGAGCUACCGGCCGCUCGUUGGACGUACAAGUAAAUGGGUACAAAUCGUUUAGCUCCUCAAAGACGUAUAACUGUGUGGUAGAUGUGCGUGGACGUAAUCGUUGUGAAUGUCAUAGCCGAUCCUCGCCGUUCAUCAAAAUAUAAGUUAUAUUAAUAAUAUACGUAUUAUCAUAGAAGAGGAGCACAGCAAAUAAACUGAAAACUUAUCAAAAUUAACACUGAUACGUACUGUAUUACGCCGUGUAUAUUCACGUUUUCAUCCAAUUAUAAAGAUCGAAUAUUAAUUCUUUUAUUCACCGAAAUAGUUUAGUACGCUGCAAUGACGUACGAAAAUGGCGUUGAAGUCAAAACUUCAAAGAUACCUAAGCAGUUCAGAAAUAAAAACGAUAUUACUAUAUUACUCUAGACAUUUAAUAAUUAUAUCACGUUAUGAAAAAGAGUACUCAGCAUACGCCUAAAUCGUAGUUUAAUUCUAUGAGAAAGUAAUUAUUUUCCAACCAUAGUUGUAUUUGAGUUCACUCGAUUGAACGUAAGUAUCAAAUAUUAAGUAAAUUAAAUGAAUAUUUGUUUAUUAAGAUUCUAUUAAAACUUCGUCCGUAAAAUUCCGUCUAUUGAAUUUGUUUACCGUAGAUAUAUUUUACAUUCAAGUUUAUUGAAAAUUUGUUUUAUUUAUUUACGAUUAUAAAUUUAUAUUAUAUUUUACGUUAGUUAAACUUUCAUAAUUAUUAGUAGGUGUUAUUCGGUCCGCGUUACGUUUACAAUUUAUAACGACUUGUUUAUAUAUUAUUAUUAUUUAUUAUUUAUAAAUUAUUUUUUACGUACAUAAUGCAUAAAUAUAUGCGAUAUGUAUUAACUAUAUUUUUGUGAAAAUGUCUAUAUUAUAUUAAAUUAUGAUAUUAUUAUCUAUUUCAACAUCGUGACUUUCUUAUUUGCCAAUUGGUUCCGACAUAAACGCAUGUGAGUUAGUAACUGGUAAGUACGACUAGUACGAUAAUGAAAACAAUAUCGGAUAAUUCAUCCACGAAUCACUAACAAAAUUACAGGCUUCCACACUCACAUAAUAUAAUACCUAUCCAAUCCGUUUGUAAAUAGGUAUGUAGGUAUACGAGUCUCGUAGUUCACAUGCAUUUUUGUUCGAGUGGAAUUUACGGUUUCGUAGACAUUUAUGUAAGCGGCAUAUUAUUAUUACUGGGAUUCAGUACGUGUCUAAUGUCUAGCUCAUCCUAUAGUUGUACAGUUAAUUUUUUUUUAUUCGAUAGACACGCUACUACAUAAAUAAUAUUAUGUUGUUGCGAAUCAUGAAAAUAAUAAUGAAAAUAAAAACGAAACAAAAGAGUCGUUGUUUUAAAGUUACAAAUACCUAGGCUUAAUAUCACCAUGCGUAUGGACUUACAUGUCUGACGUUUUAAUUAUGUAAUAAUAAUUAUUAACUAUGUUAUAUAAUAUAUUGUAUAUUUAGCGUUAAUAU